UUUUGAUACGUAAUUUUCUCUUUCUCUCGCUUUCAUUUUAUUUUAUUACCCAGCAUUAUAUUUAUUUUUUCUAUACCAUAUUUAUCUUUCAAUUCAAAUGUCUGAAAUCCAGAUUCAAAAUCAACAACAAACUCAGUACCUUGACUCCACUGUGCGGUCAAUGGCCUCGGAUACCAGCACUGCGGGCUCUUUGUCCUCAAUAGCGGCGGGCUCGUGGCUAGGCGGGAAGAAGCGCGACUGGGAUAAUGCCUUUAUUUCCAAAUAUCAGGAUUGGAGGCUACAUUACAGGAAAACGACCAGUGGCUGACCAUGUACUUGGAGAGCAUCUCCGGGAUGAAAAACACAAAAAAACCUCACAUUGCCAUUUCGGAGGCGCUCAAGACUUCGUCGGUGAAGCGCCGUGGCAGAUCGCGUAUGGAUGUUCGGGACGUAUUCGCAGGCAAACCAAAUUUCAAGCUCUCCCCGCUCGGUUCGAAAUUUAACACAGCCACCAUCCAGUCGCUGGGGAUGCGGAUGCCUAAGAGACGCGGUAGCUCGCAAUACGGGACGCUCCAGGGCAAUACCCUGAACAUGACUAUUGCGCAAAUGGGCAUGUUGCCUCCCAAGUCUCCGUAUCUGGCCACUAUUCGCCAGGGUGCUGGGGUUGCAGAGGCCGCUGUAGGGUUGGCUCGGAGUAAUAGUGCGGCGGCAAAGACUGCGGCGGCGGUUAAGCAGUUGGAGCGCAUGGAGGAGGGCUCUGCUUCAGGUCUGGCUCUGGCUAAUGGACAUCACUUGCUGCAGUUGCAGAGACGGGCUAUGGAGAUGCCAAUGUCGGCUUCGUCGGAUAUGACUAUGGCAUCACCGGAGUUCCCAUGUCGGCUCUGUCUGAUAUGUCUGUGGCACAUCACCUCAGCAGCAGAACCAGGACCAGAGAGGGCAGAUGGGCCCAUUGGCAACAAACCCACCAAAAUUCACACUGGGCGCGCCCGUGCCCACAUUGCGCGACAUGCUGCUGAACCACCACCACCACAACUCGCCGCCGAAGCCGCCCAUCCACGAGCGUGCGCAGAGGCUGGGCAGAAGAGCAAGCCCUUUAGCACGAUCAAUAUGGCGCUCGGGGGCUAUCCUUACAGGCGAAGCGGCAGGAGCAGUAUCGGGAGCAGCAGCAGCAGCAGGCUAUGUUAUCUUCGGCGCCAUCAUCGGUCAAGUCUAGUCCUGAUUUUUCGGCUAGAACCGCGGACCAGCUUUCAUUCCGUUUGAAUUCGGGCGAGGAUGACGGUAGUGGUGGACAGGGGGAGGAGAGGAGCUGACAAAGUCUGAGGAUGAAGUGCGGGACAAAUUCCAAAAGGUUCGAAUUGCAUUUUCACGCAAUAAUACGACAAUAGGGGCGA